AUUCAGCUUGUGAAAUAUCAAAGAAGAGCAAGAAUCAAUUACAGGAGCAAAUGGCAACAAAGGCUGGUUCCCUUGGGAACAUUUACAGGAGGUUCAAGCCACAACUUCUCAUGGUUCUUGCUCAGAUAGGCUAUACAUUUUUAUAUUUUAUCACAGAAGCUUCCUUCAAUCAUGGGAUGAAUCCUCAUGUCUACAUAACUUACAGACACAUUGUAGCUGGAGUAGUCAUGUUCCCUUUUGCCUAUUUUCUUGAAAGAAAAGUGAGGCCGAAGCUGACAUUGGCUCUUCUGUUGGAAAUUUUUGUUCUUUCUCUCCUUGGGGUGGGUUUGACCCUAAACAUGUAUUUUGCAAGUUUGAGAUACACCUCUCCUACCUUCGUUGCAUCAAUGGUCAACACCAUAGCUUCCCUGACUUUUGUAAUGGCGGUCGUACUAAGGAUGGAGGUUCUUGAUCUUCGAAAUCGUCGUGGGAUGGCAAAAGUUCUUGGAACUUUGAUCUCCUUAGCUGGUGUAAUGACAAUGACAUUUUACAAGGGGCCUAUCAUGAGAAAUCUAUGGCACCCUGUAAUCCAUAUUGAAGGAAAUACUGCCACACAUGAGAACUGGUUAAAGGGUUCUAUUCUAACUAUUGCAAGCUGCAUCACUUGGUCUAUAUGGUACAUCAUGCAGGCAUUUACAUUAAAAAGAUAUCCUGCCCAACUGUCACUGACUACAUGGAUGAGCUUCGUUGGAGGAGCACAAUCUGCUGUCUUCACAGUUAUCAUAGAACAUAAACCAGCUGCUUGGGCCAUAGGAUUCAACAUUGACUUCUGGUCCACAGUAUAUGGUGGAGUAGUGGUCUCUGGUUUAAUCAUAUUCAUUCAAUUGUGGUGCACGAAAGAGAAAGGACCAGUGUUUGUGACCAUGUUUAAUCCACUUUCAACAAUAUUGGUAGCAAUUCUAGCAUACUUUGUCCUCGGUGAAAAACUAUACAUGGGCAGUGUACUAGGGGCAGUAAUAGUCAUCAUUGGCCUGUAUAUGCUGCUGUGGGGUAAAGAAAGUGACCAGGACGUCCACAACAAUUCCCAAGAGCAACCUUGCUUGCCUUGCAAAGAGCGUAAGGAUAACAAAAUACUGCUAAUUACUUCAGCAGAUAAGGAAGUAUCACAACGUGAACCUUAAAAGAUUUUAAUUAUUCAUCUGAAAGGCAUAGAGAGAGGUAUCAUCGUGAUGCAAUGCCCAAAAAAAAAAAAAAAAGAAACCAAAUUGCAGGACAGCAAAAAUCAAGAGAGAAAUUUCGAAAGGUGUGUGAACUUCUGCAUCAGAGGUAUCAGAGAGGUUGAGAAAAUAACCCACUGCUACGUAUAUGUGAGUUUAUUCAGCAAAUCAUGCAAGAAUGUCAGAUUGAUAUGGAAAUUGAAAAUCUUUAUGUAACAUUCGCCCUCAGAUCCCCCAAUAAAUCACAGAAUCCAAAUUCAUCUA